AUGGCCAGACGCGGAAACAAAGCGCGGAGACACGCGCGCAGCAACCGCCACGAGACGGCGAUCCUAGAGUACCAGAGGCGGAUGGUAGAGCCAUACGGGCGUGCAGAGGCCGAGCAUAUGACGUGCACGGUCACCGAGGGCGGCAUGGGCGUGCACUUGCGCUGGUUCGACGACAAGCUGCCGGCAGUGAUGGCGGCCGCACGGCUGCUGGACGUCGGGGAGUCCCAGCCUGCGUCCAGGCGGGGCCGGCCGCUUACGCACCAUCCAACGGAGGUCAUAGGAGAGGGCGCCGACGCGGCGCAGCGGAGCCCCGAGCACACGUCGCUGCAGCGCAGCGCACAGGUGCUCCGGCUCGCGGAGCAGCGGGGCGUCGAGCAGGAGCUGGACCUCGCGAACGACCGGAUAUUCAAAGAACAGUGGACGAAGCUGCAGGCGCAGAGACGGUAUGAGCAGGCCGAGUGGAAGAGGGCCGAGGCGGCGGGUGUCUUCGACCCGGAUAAGGACGCCAGCGACGCCCAGAGCCUGGGACUCUGCAGUAUCUUUGCGCAGCAGGCGGUGCCCUCACGGCUGCCGUCCAGCCUGUUGGCGCAGUGGAAGUCGAGGCGCGUUGUCCGCAGUGAGUGCGAAGCGGUGAGGGGCGACGAGACAGGAUGUUGGCAGGGCUCGCCAGCGGCCGGGACGCCAGGCCGCAAAAUCCAGCGGGUGUGGAUCAUCUGUUAG